AUGGCCUCGGCAAUCGAUCUCAUAAACACCAUUGUCUUCUCAAACCCCAUCUCGACGACAUUAGGCGAUGCCCUCAAUUACGUGUCGGAGCGCAGGGCCAAGCUCGGUCUGUCCAAUCCCGGAACCAUAGAGAGCCUGUCCCGCGAGGUCCAGCGUGAUGUUUUUCUCAACAAUGGCAUGUUCACGGGCGUCCGCGCCGACCUCACCAAGAUCUUCAGCAUGACGCCCCUGUUCCAGGUCUCUCACCAGUUCGCCAUGGGCGAGCGCAUCAACCCCUACACAUUUGCCGCCAUGUACGGCACCAACAAGAUCUUUGCCCAGGGCAACGUCGACAACGACGGUACCCUCUCCGGUCGCUUCAACUACCGCUGGACCGACAAGCUGGUGUCCAAGUCGCAGCUCUCGCUCUCCACGGGCGGCCAGGACAUGGCCCAGUUCGAGCACGAGUACACCGGCAACGACUUCAGCGCGUCGCUCAAGAUGCUCAACCCUUCGUUCCUCGAGGGCGGCGCUACCGGCAUCUUCAUCGGCAGCUACCUGCAGUCUAUCACGCCCCGCCUCGCCCUGGGCAUGGAGACUCUGUACCAGCGUCAGGCCCUGGCUCAGGGUCCCGAGUGCGCCGUGUCGUACUGCGGCCGCUACAAGGCCGAGGACUGGGUGGCCACUGCCCAGCUCCAGGCCGCCAUGGGCACCCUCAACACCUCCUACUGGCGCAGACUCUCGGACAAGGUCCAGGCCGGCGUCGACAUGAGCCUCGGCCUCGUGCCCUCCCCCGGCGGCAUGAUGGGCGGCGGCAUCCAGAAGGAGGGUGUCACCACCAUCGGCGCCAAGUACGACUUCCGCAUGUCCACCUUCCGCGCCCAGGUCGAUUCCAAGGGCAAGCUGAGCUGCCUCCUCGAGAAGCGCGUCGCUCCCCCCGUCAUGAUGAGCUUUGCCGCCGACAUUGACCACUUCACGCAAUCCGCCAAGCUCGGUCUCGGCGUCUCCAUCGAGGCUGCUCCGGAGGAGGUCCAGGAGCAGCAAGAGGCCGUCGGCGUCGCCACCCCCACCAACAUUCCCUUUUAA